GUCCUCAGGCUUGGGCUGUUCUUCAUGAAAAAGACACUCAGCAGCCGCUUAGAAGCCAUUCCUGAUUCAUCAUCUGUUCAGUCCGUUCACUCACCAGGAUGAAGAAGCUGAUUCUUGACGUUGACACUGGAGUUGAUGAUGCUCAGGCCAUCAUGAUUGCCCUCACUGCUCCAGAUGUGAAGAUUCUGGGGAUCACCUGCUGCCAUGGCAACACUCCUUUGGAUAAUGUCCUCAAGAACACCCUGCGUGUCCUGAAGGUCUGCAACAGGCUGGAUAUUCCAGUUUAUAAGGGUUUCUCGAAGCCUCUGCUGGCCAACAAACAGCACGCGUCAGAUUAUCAUGGAAAAGAUGGACUGGGGGAAGUCCCAGAUCCAGAUGCUCCAGGUGUUGAGCUGCUGCAGAAGGAGAAGGCUGCAGAGGCGAUGAUUAAAAUUGCAAAGGCAAAUCCUGGAGAGGUGAUCCUUGUGGCUACCGGACCCCUAACUAACCUUGCGGUCGCUGUGCAGCUGGACCCUUCCCUCCCAAAGAAACUGAAGUCACUCUACAUCAUGGGAGGAAAUACUGAAUCGCGGGGUAACACCACAAUGUGUGGGGAGUUCAACUUUGUGGCUGACCCCGAAGCAGCUUACAUUGUGUUGGACCGCUACACCUGUCCCACCUACAUCGCCGCGUGGGAGUUCAGCUGCAGGAGCAGCCUCCCAUGGUCUUUCUGCGAUGAGUGGCUGUCCCUAAAGACAGAGAAGGCUGCUUUCAUCAGAAAGAUAUCAAAUCUUUCAAUGAAUAAAGCUCGUUCAGCUGAUUAUCAAAAGGAAAUCAUAGCUGGAAAAGGCUUCAACCCUUGCGACGUCUUUGCGCUCGCUGCUGCGGUCGACGAUGGAUUCAUAACAGAGAGUGAAAAGGUGGCGGUGACAGUGGAGCUGGAUGGGAAACACACCCGAGGCAUGAUGGUGCUGGACUACAUGGAGCACCUGAAGAAGGACCACAAGGCCGUCAUCAUGAAAACUGUUGACCUGGAGAAGCUGAAGAAAAUGUUGUUUAAGGCCGUGAAGUAGAAAUAUCACGAUGUGACAUGCAGAAAAAAAUACUGAGCAUCAACAAAUUCUUAAAGAGUUUAUAGUGGUAACAUGGUGAAAGGGGGUAAAUACAUAGCACACCAUUUUCAGAACUUUACUUCUCUUCUACUUCAGUUAUGCAUUUCUUGUUGUCCUAUCACAUAAAUACACUGAAUUUCUAUUUGUAACUUUAAUUCGGAGUUAGAGGAACAUUUUAUUAGUGCCACAAAUUUCCAGUUCAUUGGACCUCAGAACAUUUCAAGGAAUCAAGAAUUAGACUCAAUGAAAGCUCCUAGUGCAUAAUUAUACCAGGAUACUAAGGAAACCGUGGGGUACUAAAAACCUUUUGAUUCAUUUUUUACUGAACUAACAAUGUUAGUAUGGAGGAUGCAGUGCUAUAUCUGGCAAAUAAACCCUUGCUCUAAUACACCAGCUCAGCCAAAACUGAGGCUGAGUUAUAUUUUUUGUGUCUAUAGAUAACGAAGAUUGAUCAUAAACUCUCAUUUCAAAGGCUUCUAUUAAAAAACACAUUCAUUCAUGUCCGUGUUUGAGGUAUAACCGUGAAUGAGCCAACUCCAUUGGCCAAGAGACCAUCCCAGGCGUGAAUGGUCUCAGGAUGCCGUGAUUGGACAACACAUGGCUCAUAGUCUUCUCCAGGCAGUUCUGCUUUCAGAUCUCCCAACAAUCUAAAGCGGGCUUCAUUGGAGAAAGUUUGGUCCAGUCCUCUGCCGGCCAGUUCUGGGUAGUUAUUGCAGGAUGUCCGUGGUUCCUUUGCUGCCUUCUGAAAACCAGCCUACCAAACGCCUCUCCCUUCCUGCCCAAUAAAACACUCCCACCUGCCAUGUCUGACGGAGCACUGCACUAAGUUUGAUUUGGGUGCAGCCUUACUAGCGGUAAUAUCCUUGCAUGUAAAACUAUUUUGAUGCAAAUCAACAAUGACAGCACAGGUUUCCUUGUCGGUUCUGCUCUCUUUGUUCAAUCAGAAUGCAAGAGAGGCAUCACCUGCCCAGUUCUCAGCAACCACCCCCUCCCUCCCCACUGAGGAAACCAUAAGAUCAAUUAAGUGAUGCAAUCGGGGCUUUCAGUCAAUGUGCAAAUGAGUGUCUAGCAAUAAAGUGCAUUCUUAUACAUUUUGCAAUAAAUUGCACUUCAUUUGCUAGUGUUUAUAGCAACCUAGAAUCAUUUUACAUUGCUACCAUUAAAACUGAAGCAGUAAAGUCUGUUAAAGCAGGAUUUAUGUCAGUCUCAAACUAUUAGCAAAGACUGUAAUUUAAAUUCCUACCUGGUACAAAAUACCUAAUCUUUUUAUUUCUUUUUACCGUUCCAACUAUUUUCUAUAGACUUAAAGGUUUAUUUGUCAUGCAGGGAUACUUUAGGUCUAUUACAUUGGGCGCCGCACAAUGGCAGCCCACUGCUCCCUGUAAGGGAUGGGUUAAAUUCAGAGGAUAAAUUUCAUUGUAAUGUACAUGUGCAAUGACCAAUAAAGAUGAUUAUUAUGAUUAA